AUGAUUGCGCCAAUUGCCGACCAUACCAACAAACCCCCCGAACAAAUCGAAAUCGAUGAACGUCGCAUAUACGGUGUCAAUGCCCACAAAAACGACAAGGACCUGGUGGUUUCUGUCUUCACUUACCCUGGCUCUGAAUUCUUCUGGGCGUCGACUCUCCCUCAAAGUCUAGGUUGGGUGGAGGCGGCGAAUCGACUCGCUCAGAGUAACAUUUUGAACGCUCAGCUUCCAAAAAAGCGUUACGUUAUUCAUGCCGAAGAGUCUGCCUUUUCGAAGUUUGAGUUUGACGUUUUCAGGUGGGUAGGCAAGGCCGAAGGCAAGUACCCCCUUGGUUCCGUCGUUGGUACAUGGCAUCGAAAGGGUGCUAAGGACUCAUUGAAAGGUACUUAUCUCUCUACAUGUUGGGUAGAUGCUAGGGAGGGCGACGAAAAUAUAAAGAAGGGGAAUCGCGCCUGUGAAGUUGUCACCAAGAAUCUUCAAAUCUCCGCUAGAGUUCGCGGCGUUGUCACAAUACGCCCGGAGGCGUCUGUUGCCAACUGUGCCCGUGACCUCGAAACGCGUGAUAACAGUGCUUUUGUUAGUGCUGCUUGUCAACUCCCCAUCAGGCCUAAGCCUUCUUCCAAGGGGGUUAGUACCUUGGUCACAAGCACCAGACGUGAGAGUUUAGUUUCUACGUCCCAAGGAGCUGAAGGUAGCAGCGCCAAAAAGUCGGCCGCAAAGACAAACACUCGCAACACCAAGCCUAUACAGACUGGUGCAGAUCUUCAUAGUUCUACCAAGAUAAAGGUGACGGCUACGGCUGUUGCUGGCCAGAAGAAACCAGCUAGUACUAAAGCCGGUUCGGUACCUGGUAACACGCACGCAGGAGGUGCUUUGACAAAGCCUGCUACCGCCAGAGCUAGCGCAGCGCAGAAACCCAAGACGCAGAAACUGAGGAUGUAGAGAGUCGAGAAAGAAAACCAUAGAAGAAAGACGUAUAGUAUGUAUAACU